UGUUUCUCCCAUUGAGAUGGGCAUGUCACUUUUUUUUUUCUAUUCACAUAAAGGAAAAACAACUUGACAUUGCUAAUUUCCAAGAUUCCUCUUUGUGGUUAGAGAUCAUAAACGAGUUGUGGAGAGUAUCUGAGUAAUUUUGGGAGAUGGAGGAAGAAAGAGUGGGAAGUUCGAAGAGGCCAUUUCGAGGUAUCAUAGCAGAUCUCAAAGGAAGAGCCUUGUAUUACAAGCAUGACUGGGUCGCUGGUCUUCGUUCUGGUUUCGGGAUUUUAGCACCGACGACAUAUGUUUUCUUCGCCUCUGCCCUUCCGGUUAUUGCCUUUGGCGAACAACUCAGCCGUGACACAGAUGGAGUGUUAAGCCCAGUAGAAACGUUAACAUCAACAGCGUUAUGUGGAGUGAUACACUCAAUACUAGGAGGACAACCACUCUUGAUACUUGGAGUUGCAGAACCAACUGUCUUAAUGUACGUUUACUUGUACCACUUCGCUAAAGGAAGACCAGAACUAGGCAAAGAACUCUUCUUAGCUUGGGCUGCUUGGGUAUGUGUGUGGACGGCUUUGUUACUGGUUGUAAUAGCGAUAUUCAACGUAGCUGAUAUCAUUAACCGAUUCACAAGGAUCGCUGGGGAGCUGUUUGGUAUGUUGAUCGCGGUUCUAUUCAUCCAACAAACCAUAAAGGGAAUGUUGAGCGAGUUUAAGAUGCCAGACCAUGAUGACUCAACACUUGAAAAGUAUCAGUUUCAAUGGCUCUACACAAACGGACUUCUGGGCCUCAUUUUCACCUUUGGCCUUCUCUACACAGCUUUGAAGAGCAGAAAAGCUAGGUCUUGGCGGUAUGGAACAGGAUGGUACAGAAACUUCAUAGCAGACUAUGGAGUUCCUCUGAUGGUUGUGGUUUGGACAGCAUUGUCUUUCAGUACGCCAUCAACACUCCCCUCUGGUGUCCCGAGAAGACUCUCUAGUCCUCUUCCAUGGGACUCUGCCUCUUUAGGACACUGGACUGUCAUCAAGGACAUGGGAAAAGUCCCCCCAGCCUAUAUUUUUGCGGGGUUUAUACCGGCUUUAAUGAUCGCAGGGCUAUACUUCUUUGACCACAGCGUUGUUGCCCAGCUCGCGCAGCAGAAGGAGUUCAACCUCAAGAACCCUUCUGCCUAUCACUACGACGUCCUCUUGUUAGGUUUCAUGGUUUUGGUAUGCGGAUUGCUCGGUCUGCCUCCUUCCAACGGAGUCCUCCCUCAGUCUCCUAUGCAUACCAAAAGCCUCGCUGUUCUCAAACGACAGUUAAUACGGAGGAAGAUGGUGAUGACAGCUAAAGAAAGCAUGAGAAAGAGAGCAAGUUCCUCCCAAGUGUACGAGAACAUGCAAGAAGUCUUCAUAGAGAUGGACAAAAGCCCACUUGUUCAGACAAACUCAACACACAUAAUGGAGCUGCAAGAUUUGAAAGACGCAGUGAUGAAGAAAACUGACGAGGAAGGAGAUAGCAGUGAGGAGGGUGGUUUCGAUCCAGAGAAGCACCUUGAAGCUUUCUUGCCUGUUAGAGUCAACGAGCAGAGAGUGAGCAACCUGUUACAGUCACUGCUAGUGGCAGGUGCUGUGUUGGCUAUACCAGCCAUUAAGCUCAUACCAACUUCUCUCCUCUGGGGAUACUUCGCUUACAUGGCCAUCGACAGCCUCCCAGGGAAUCAGUUCUUUGAACGAACAGUGCUUCUCUUCGUCCCACCAAGCCGGAGAUUCAAGGUCUUGGAGGGAGCACACGCUUCGUUCGUGGAGAAAGUUCCUUACAAGUCAAUGGCUGCGUUCACAAUGUUGCAGAUAUUCUACUUUGGUCUGUGCUACGGAGUGACAUGGAUUCCGGUGGCCGGAAUCAUGUUUCCGGUACCUUUCUUCCUCUUAAUAGCCAUCAGACAGUACCUUCUCCCGAAGCUCUUUAAACCGGCGCAUCUACGAGAACUCGAUGCCUCUGAGUACGAGGAGAUCCCCGGAACUCCUAGAAACCCGCUCGAGCUGUCUUUUCGGUCGGCUGGCUCGAUGAAAGACGUCCUAGAGUGUGACGCUGAGAUCUUAGACGAGUUAACUACGAGCAGAGGGGAACUUAGAGUCCGUCCAGCUAGUCUUACUCCAGACAAAGGCCACCAGAUUUACCCCAACGAGAUAGUAGAAGCAGGAGAUGGGGACAUGAGUACUCCAAGAGAGUGAUCUAUCAACGAUCACAAUGACCAUGUGGUAUAUGUAAAUCAGAAGACAGAUGAUAUUAGGGUUUGUGUCCUUAAAUAAACCCAUGGUGGCGUGUUUGUCAAGAUAAUGUUCUUAGCAGUAAGAAUUUAUUAAGUACUGGUUAAUUCUUAAACCGUGCAGGAAAACUAUCGUUUUCUUUUCUUUUUCCCUUAUCUUCUUAUAUAUUAAAACAGAA